CACACACACACACACACACACACACCGUGUGGCACAGAUCAGGAUUUCAUAACUCUCUGUUCACUCUUUAACCACCUGCAGAGCUGCACAGACUCUCUGGCUGUGCGUAAUGGCGUUGUUUUUGCUCGGAGGACGUUUGUUGAAAUGCAGGAGUGGCGCACACAGAGCCGUGACGGUGACCCAGCCUUACUGCUCCUCGGUGGCCUCGGGCAGGCAGCAUGUUAAUGGAGUGAAUCUGUACUACGAGCAGACGGGCCGAGGGAAACACGCUGUGCUGUUGCUCCCUGGUGCUCUGGGAAGCACUCGGACUGAUUUUGGACCUCAGAUGAAGUCUCUGAAUAAAGAACGCUUCACUGUAGUUUGCUUCGAUCCUCGUGGUUACGGAAAGUCCCGCCCUCCAGCCAGAGACUUCCCCAUUGACUUCUAUGAGAGGGAUGCAAAGGACGCAGUGGAUCUGAUGAAGGCUUUGGGCUUUGGAAAAUUCUCUAUGUUGGGGUGGAGUGACGGAGGAAUGACAGCUCUGAUCGCAGCAGCGAAGAACCCCGAUCUAGUCAACAAGAUCGUUGCGUGGGGAUCCAAUGCCUAUAUCUGCAAGCAAGACCUCGAGCUUUACGAAGCGGUCCGUGAUGUCUCCAGGUGGAGUGCGAAGAUGAGGCAGCCCAUGGAGGAGGUGUACGGAGCAGAGCUCUUUGCUAAAACCUGGGAGGACUGGGUGGACGGGAUCGCAAAGUUCGAAAACAGACCAGAAGGGAGCAUCUGCAUGGAGUUUCUGCCCUUAGUCCGCUGUCCAACCCUCAUCAUCCAUGGAGAGAAAGACCCCAUGGUGCCUGCUUUCCACGCACAUUGCCUCCUCAAACACAUCAAGGGAUCGCGACUGCACCUGAUGCCAGAGGGUAAACACAACCUCCACCUGAGGUUUGCUGACGAGUUCAACAAACUGGUUGAAGACUUUCUGGAGUGAUUCAUUAACACCGUUAAAUAACACAGAGAAGCACGAGGAUGACGAAUAGUUACAUAUUAAUACUAAGAGCAUUAAAGAUCAAUUGUGUCAAAAUUUAGGGGGAUUUAUUUAUAGAAUAUGGCAGAAAUGAAAUAUAAUAUGCAUAACUAUGUUUUCAUGUUAUAACCUGAAAAUAAGAAUGAAUUAAUUUUGGAAUUUU